AAGAACCUUUACCACUAAGGAUGUGUCACUGUAGCGCCUCGCUGUUUUAGCUUAUGUGAUGGAAAAUAUUUUUAUUUCCCGGUUUUAUGAACAAAGGAUUCAAGUCUGCUUCGACCUGGUCUUCUUUCAAUACAUGCAUGCAUGUAUGAAUGCAUGCAUAGCUAUGGACAGCAACGAAUGUAUGUAUGUACAAAAGGAAUGAGCAAGCGUCCACGGUCUAUUUACAGGUGAUGGUUAUUGUUUGGGGACUUGAUGUUCGUAUAUCCACCGGUCGAGCCCUGGAGUGGCGGCUGCUGCGGCUGCUGAUUGCUGGCCGCGAACUGCUUCACAUCCGCAAACGCACCGCUGUUUGGGGCCGAAUUCAUCUGGGGCACCUGGCCUUGUCCUUGGUUCGUACCCAUAUCCCUGUUGGCGUUCAAGCUCUCGGGGUUGGCAUUUUGCGAAGUAACGGUGUUGGCUUUAGCUUGCGCAGUGACGCUGUGGAGCUGGUCCUGGGCCAUAUGGUAGGCUUCCAUACCCUUGGCUUGAGCCAUGUUGGCGUAGCCCUUGAUCGUAUCCGUGAGCGAUGUGCCCGAGGCCGAGGUGCCUGUGGGGUUCGUGUUGUUGUUGUUGUUGUUGUUGUUGUUGCUGUUCAUUUUUGGAGUCUUGGAGAGGGGCCUUUUGCUUGCUUGGUUGAGGUAAGUGAGAGGAAUGGAGUGCUUGAAGGGAAAGAGAGGAGAAGAGAAAGAGUGUUGACUGAGAAUGAGCGACGAUGACGACAAUUUAAAGGCGACGAGGAUGAUGCUGGGGGGUGUAAUUUUUUCAUGUUUGGGAAGGUGAAUGAUGUUCCUAGUGUUUUAUGCGCGUCAUGUAUGAAGGAACGUUCAUCGGGGCACCCGGGCCC